UGGAGAAGCCGCGCGGUGCAUCAUGGGAAAACAACUUCGCCGACGAGGGACGAGCACUUUUCGUUUUUUCCUUUUCUUUUUGAAUUUUGGUGCUAGAAAACCACCAAGACGCAGCAUCGUCAUCUUUUAACCUCCUUUAACACAAGCCUACCUCGAUCUACCAGAUCAACAUUUUGGAAUUCUUCCUCCAAACUGUUUGGAAACGUUUUGCUGUGUAACUUCCAAGGGCGCGCCGCGCGCGCAAGCUGAUGGAGGACUCGCACGCGAAUUGAUCGAGACCACCACGAGCGGAGAGUGACGUCAUUAUGGACACGGGAGAGAAGUUCUGUCCAAGACAGGAUUUGGACUUGGACACCACCCUUCAGUUCCUUCCCGCCCCUAAUGCCAAAAAGCUGGAGAAGAAGCCUGGGCAUAGAAGGCUAUGGAUGGGCGUCGGCUUUGUGUUGGCAGCAGUCGCUCUGAGUCUACUGACUGGACUGCUCGUGUGGCGCUUUCAUCUGCGCAGCGAUGUCGCGGUGACACGCGUCUACGUGGGCUCCAUGGAGAUUGUCAAGCAACGUUUCCUGCCAGCGUACGAGGACUCCAGCAGCAUCCAGUUCUCCAAGUUAUCUUCUCUGGUCAGCCAGCAGCUACAAGCCAUUUACUCCAAAAACGCAGUGUUGCUCAAAUACUUCACACGCUCGUCCGUGGAUGCCUUCAGCGAUGGGGGUGGUGACUCGGUGAUGGCGUACUACCAGUCGGAGUUUGACAUCCCUGCCCCUCAACAGGCUUCUGUCGACGCUGCUAUCAAAUCACUGCAAACGCCGGCGCAAAGUCAACAAAGUCGACAAGGAAGAGUGUUGGUGAAACCUGACGACUCGCUCAACAUCAACAGUGUUGUAACGCGAGCCAUCGAUCCACGGAUGACAUCAUCAUCCCUACUGGUCAAGAAGUCUUUUAACGUGCACGUCCAAGAGGGCGGAAUCAUUCAGUCGCCGGGAUUUCCUGAUUCCUCAUACCCCUCCAGCGUCUACCUGCAGUGGCGCAUGCGGGCUGACCCCGCUCACCGUGUGCGUCUGGACUUCGACACACUGAUCUUGGAGGACAACUGCCAGAACGACUUUGUCAAGAUCUAUGACUCGCUAGCGCCCAUCGAGCAUGCUGCCAUCACAGAACAUUGUGGCUUUCCUCACCAUUCGCUGUCUUUUGUGUCAUCUGGGAACGUCAUGUUGUUGACACUGGUCACCAACAAGGAGAAGAACUUCCCGGGCUUCAGGGCCAACUAUUCACAGGUCUCUCGGGGGCCACCAGCAGGCUGUGGAGGAACUCUAAGCAGCGACGUCGGCUUCUUCUCCUCGCCGUUCUUCCCAUCGAGCUACCCACCUCGGACCACGUGUGUGUGGAAUAUACAGGUGUCAAAUGACAAGCUGGUCAAACUCGAGUUCAGAAAGUUCUACGUUGGAAAUGACUCCAGUGAUUGCUCACGAGAUUACGUGGAGGUCAACGGUCAGAGACUGUGUGGGGCAAAAGCGGGAAGCACUGUGGUGGCAAGCAGAAGCAAUGUGAUGACCGUCAAGUUUAACUCGGACUCAUCCUACGUGGACCGUGGUUUUGUCGCUGAUUUUGAGGCGUUUGUCCCGAGUGACCCGUGUCCGGGCCGCUUCCGGUGCAACAACGAAUUGUGCGUGGACUUGAGUCUGAGAUGCGACGGCAUGGAUGACUGCAAAGAUGCCAGCGAUGAAGACGACUGCACAUGCGAGGCGUCCCACAUGAGGUGUGAAAAUGGCCGCUGUAAGGCCAAGUUCUGGGCGUGUGACGGCGUCGACGACUGUGGAGACAACUCGGACGAGAGCAACUGCGGCGCCUGCACUUCCAGCGAAUUUCGCUGUAGGAACGGUCCCUGCGUCCCAUCGGCGAUGGUGUGUGACAGGAAAGAAGACUGCACAGAUGGUUCUGAUGAGUCCAAAUGUGAAAAAUCUGCCGCCAUGACAGUGUGUUCCGACUUAAGCUUUCGCUGCAGAGACGGAGGCUGUGUCAACAAAGUCAACCCCGAGUGCGAUGACGAGGAGGACUGCAAGGAUGCGUCGGAUGAGGAAUCAUGUCAGUGUGGCUUGCGGCCAUACCGCAGCUCUCGUAUCGUUGGCGGUCAGGUGUCGCAGGAAGGUGAGUGGCCCUGGCAGGUCAGCCUCCAUGCUGGGGGCAAAGGUCACGUGUGUGGAGCUUCUUUGUUGAGCCACCGCUGGCUGCUGACCGCCGCCCACUGCGUCCAGGACAAGGGUCCAACCAGGUACUCUCAGGCUGAUCAAUGGGAAGCCUUCCUGGGGCAGCACACGCAGAGUAGCGCCAACAAGUGGACAGUGAGGAGGAAGGUGAGGCGGAUUGUGGUCCACCGCCACUUCGACCCGGUCACUUUUGACAACGAUGUGGCGCUAAUGGAGCUCGACUCGGAUGUCCCGCUCAACCAGCACAUCUGGCCCAUCUGCCUACCCUCGCCAACGCACCACUUUCCCUCAGGCCGCCAGGCCUGGAUCACCGGCUGGGGCGCUACCAGAGAGGGAGGCGUAGCGGCGAGCGUCUUGCAAAAGGCUGAAGUCCGCAUCAUCAACAGCUCCGUGUGCAACAGUCUGAUGAAGAAUGAGGUCACGGACGGAAUGUUGUGCGCCGGCGUCCUCAAAGGUGGUGUGGACGCCUGCCAGGGCGACUCUGGGGGACCGCUGUCUGUCACCAGCCAGAGUGGGCGGGUCUUCCUGGCUGGGGUGGUGAGCUGGGGAGACGGUUGCGCUCGCAGGAACAAACCCGGCGUCUACACAAGAGUCACCAAAUAUCGAAACUGGAUCAAGGAGCACAGCGGUGUGUAGCGGCAGUGGCCAGAAAUGGUCCGAACAGUUGAAGCUGGUUGAUAUGCGCCUCCCUUCAGAGACUCUGCCUCUCCCAAAUACAUGGAUGUGCAUUACCUUGGCAACACUGUCAGGUGGACUAGCAAAUACAGAGGACAAGAAGCUCACGCUGUAUAACUUCUAUACUCGGUGGAAUGUGGCAUCACACUGGCUGGUCAUGUUAUCGUCAGACAGAAGCAUUGAGCGAUAAAUCAGUAUGGCCUCCUUUUUCAACCAGUCACCCUAUGACAUCAUCAACUCACUGUCACACCCCCUCUCUCAAGGUGUAGCAAGUUUUAUUCCAUGUCUUUUCAAAUAUGUUUACAUGUGUGAGGUCACUGUUAGAGACUCCUGACCAAACAUGAGAAUCUGAAGCAGCAUUGAGAAUAAAUACAAACUUUUAAUA